AUGCUUUCGACUCUGAGAGUUGCCAGCCGUUCGGCUGCCGCGAAGGAAGCUGGAGUCCGCGCUCUCGCGUUCCGACAAGCUUCCACCUGGUCCAAUGUGCCCCAGGGUCCUCCGAUUACUGAAGCUUUCAAAGCGGACACCAACAAGGAGAAGAUUAACCUCGGUGUUGGAGCCUACCGCGACGACCAAGGAAAACCCUACGUUCUCCCGUCCGUCAAAGUCGCCGAGACCAAGGUUGUCAACUCCAGUCUGGACAAGGAAUAUGCGGGCAUCACAGGUGUUCCGGCUUUCACCAAGGCUGCUGCUGAGCUCGCUUAUGGAGCCGACAGCUCUGCUAUCAAGGAUGGCCGCGUUGCCAUUACACAAUCCAUCUCAGGAACCGGCGCCCUGAGAAUCGGCGGUGCCUUUUUAGAACGAUUCUAUCCUCAUGGGAAGACCAUCUACAUCCCCACCCCCAGCUGGGCCAACCAUGCUGCCGUGUUCAAGGACUCUGGGCUCAAGGUCGAGAAAUACAGAUAUUAUAACAAAGAUAAGAUUGGACUCGACUUUGAGGGUUUAAUCGCCGAUCUCAAGCAGAUUCCUAACCAGAGCGUUGUGUUGUUUCACGCAUGUGCUCACAACCCUACCGGAGUUGACCCUACCCAGGAGCAGUGGAUUGAGAUCUCCAAGGUCAUGAAGGAGAAGAGUCAUUUUGCAUUCUUCGAUAUGGCCUAUCAAGGGUUUGCCAGCGGAGAUAUCAAACGUGACGCUUUUGCCCUGCGACACUUUUGGCUCGGCGAAGUCAAGGGCAUGGCCGAUCGUAUCAUCGAGAUGAGAGCGCUUCUCCGGAAAAAUUUGGAAAAGUUGGGAAGCAAGCAUGAUUGGAGCCAUAUUACCAACCAGAUUGGCAUGUUUGCCUAUACCGGCCUUAAACCCGAACAGAUGCAGGAACUGGCCAAGAAUCACGCUGUGUACGCUACCCUUGACGGCCGCAUUUCCGUCGCAGGCAUCACCACAAGCAAUGUCGCCCGACUUGCGGAGUCCAUUUACAAAGUGACCGGCUAA